AUGGCUUUGGCAGAUAAGAGACUUGAGAACUUACAGAUCUACAAAGUUCUUCAGUGUGUGCUGAAAAAAGACAAGAAGCAGAUAGAGAAGUUGAUCAAGCUCGGAUACCCUGCAUUGAUCAAUUUCACCGAGCCUGUCAAUGGCCACAGUGCUCUGCACUUAGCCUCAGUGUCCAACGACAUUGAUAUGGUCAGCUUUCUUCUUGACCUUGGAGCUCACCCCGAUGUGCAGGACCGAAUGGGCUGUACUCCCACAAUGAGGGCUGCCGAGCUGGGCCAUGAACUCUCAGUGGAAAUAUUAGCCAAAGCAAAGGCAGACAUGACUUUAGUAGAUAAUGAAGGAAAAGGAAUUUUGUUUUACUGUGUUUUGCCCACUAAGCGACACUAUCGCUGUGCUCUGAUUGCCCUUGAACAUGGUGCAGAUGUCAACAAUGUUACCUACGACGGAAUUCCAGUAUUUCUCAAAGCUUGUGAAGAAGCUCACGAUGUUAAAGAUAUGUGCUUGACAUUUUUGGAAAAAGGAGCCAACCCAAAUGCUGUCAACUCAUCCACAGGCCGGACAGCUUUGAUGGAGGCAGCACGAGAAGGAGUGCUGACACUAGUCCGAGAGAUUCUAGAAAGAGGAGGUGAUGUGAAUGCGUACGACAAUGAAAGACAUCAUGCUGCACAUUUUGCGGCCAAAGGAGGAUAUUUCGAUAUACUGAAGCUUCUUUUUACCUACGAUGGAAACAUGGGGCUGAUCGCGAUGAAUGGGAACACCCCCCUUCAUUAUGCUGCUAUGGGAGGCUUUGCAGACUGCUGUAAAUAUAUAGCUCAGCGAGGUUGUGACUUGAAAUGGAAGAAUUUAGACCAUAAAACGCCCAGGGCUGUGGCUAAAGAGUUGGGCUUCAAAGCAGCAGGCAAAGAAAUUCGCAAAGCAGAGCAAAUCGCUAAUAAACUCUCAAGGACCGGAGCCAAGAACCCCAACCCUCUGUGGGCCCUGCGACUGCACGACUGGUCAAUGGACCAGGAGACCUUCCUUCGCGAAGCCUUCUCGCUGGUGGAUAGAGGCGACGGGACGGUCAGCAAGGAGGACUUUGUGAUGACCCUGGAGGAGCGGCAAGAUUUUGUGAGCGCGGAGCAGCUGGCUGCCAUUGCCCAGCUUCACGAGCGAUUCCGGGGAGCGGGGAUUAACAUUAAUGAUUUCUUUAAAGGAACCAAAUACUUAAGCAAGAAUUACGUCUUGGGAUCCUACGAGCCUAAGAAAAAGAAAAAAGGGAUAGGCAAAAGAGUGAAGAAAAGCAAAUUCGUUUUGCCUCUCCCGAUCUGCGUCAUCCCGGAUAAUGCUUUCCCGUUGAGGAAGGGCGGGGGGCCACCCUAUUACUUGAUUGAAACCUACAAGAACGUGACUGACUGCAGCCGUUUCAACCGCGUUCACCCCCCAGAACAUCCCAUCCAGGACGACUCUGCCUGGUACAUCGAUGACCCUGCGAAAGUCUACACCAACAUUAACUAUGUCACCAAGGCAGGAGACCUGGCUUCCCUGAAAAAGGCCUUCGAUUCAGGGAUACCUGUCGAUAUGAAGGAUAAUUAUUACAAAACACCCCUUAUGACGGCCUGUGCAACCGGCAACAUUGACGCGGUCAAGUUUCUUCUGGAGAAAGGGGCUAAUGUCAAUGCAACAGACAAUUUCCUGUGGACUCCACUUCAUUUUGCAUGCCAUGCAGGUCAACAAGAUAUUGUUGAACUUCUCGUUAAAUAUGGAGCUAUAAUAGAUGCACCUUCAAUCAACAACUCAACUCCUUUAAGUAGAGCUAUUGAGAGCUGUAGACUGGAUACAGUAAAAUAUUUGCUUGAUCUUGGUGCUAAAUUCCAAAUGGAAAACAGAAGAGGGCACAAUGCCAUGGAUGUUGCAAAGGCAUAUGCCGACUAUAGAAUAAUUAAUAUGAUUAAAGAAAAGCUGGAUAACCUGCCCAAACCAACAGAAAAUCAAAAAGCAGGAAAAGGCAAGCCAGCCAUUAAAUCAAAGCCUGAAGGCGCUGAAAUCAAGAAAGAGGAGGAACCACUUUCUUCAGUUUAUGCUGUACCAUUAAUACCGGAAGACAAGAAAAUUACUAAGGACACUGUGGUUUAUCUCAAUUCUUUGAUUACUAAUGGUUAUACCAAGAAAGUAAACAUAACUUUUGUUCCUCGGAGGGUUUGGAGUCCCGAGGCCACUACAGCAGAGCUGAUCAGGAAAAGGGAACUGCUGCGGGAGCGGUUCACCUACGAGGUGGACUUUGAAGAUUUCAUGAUGCCCUUUCAGAGGAACAUCACACAGAGAGCUCAGGCUUUGGAAGAGGCUGGGAAGAUAUAA